AUGAAGACGAAAAAAUGCACAGUGGAACCAGUACCCGAGCCGCCUCCACCCGAUCCAUGUAAAUUACAGCGAAUACGUCAAAAAGAAAAAGCUGGUAUCAAAAUAUGCCCACAUGUGCCCAUUAAAUCUCCUACUCCCCCACCGUCAUGCCACGCAUUAUGCAUUGAGAAGAUAAAAAAUCCUCCUGUGACAAUUACUAAUCGGCCAUUGGUAUGCAUAGUGAAGAGACAGUUGCCAGGGACUGCAAGGUGUGAUAAAAUUGAAGUAGCAGCUGCUCAUCCUGACUUACCCUGGCCUGGUUGCCCUCCACAACCACCACUACCACCACCCCCACAACCUGAUCUUUGUGAAGAACAGAAGAAAAGGGAAAAAAUCGCGGAAUGGAAAUCUAGUGAAGAUAAUCUCAUAGAAAAAUUUCGUACGGAAAUAAAUAAGCAAUCUGAAGAAGACUUCAGGAAUACGAGACGACUUACAAUCGAGUCACCAUACAAAAGUGAUAUUGGGGAAUCGUCACAAGAUAUAGAUAGUAAAAUAACUGAUUUAGAAAGCUUAAUCAAGCGUCUUCAAGACGAAAUUGUUGAUAUGACUAAUGAAACUGAUCAAACAACGCAUAAAGAUAACUUAGAAGAAAUACUUUCCAAGUCUCGUGGUAAAUGCAAGAAUGAUGACGGUACAAGUAAGGAUUCAAAUAAAACAAAAAGUUAUAUCUAUCCAGUAAUUGUAAAAGAUGGUCUGCCACCAACUGGUCAGUCUAAAGACAUAUCUAAAGAUAAAUGUGACACCAUACAUUCAUCAAGUACGGCAGAUCUAGCCAAUACUUUUGCAAAGAUUAGGCACAAUUUUUCUCUACUUUGGAAUGAUGGUGAUGAAGGAAUAAAAUCGGAAAAAGAAUGUAGUGUGAAUUGUAACGAAAGUACAAGUGUCAUAUUUUCAGACAUAAAAGAUACAUUAUUUAAAGAUAAUUGGCCCAAU